CCGUUCGCGCUGUUCUCUUGCACUGUCUGGGUCUGGGAACGUGCGACAGAUGAGAAACGGCUUCCAUCUGGUAUCGCAGGGAAAAGAGGGUGAUUCUACUUAGGCGCCCUCGGCAAGACAUCCUGUUUGCAUUGCUACUAAGAUCUGCAAGCUUCGUUACGUUUCACUAGAAAGCUGGAGAGGACGUGCGCUCCUAAGCAUCUGCACCGGAUUGAUCGUUGGGGAUGCUACAGUUUUAAUCCUUCACUCAUUCUCAUUUUCUCAUGAUACUAUACUCGCCCUAGGCGUCUAGUUCCACUGUCUUCUCAAACGGUCCACGGUAUUUCUCUUAUCCAGCGGAACGCACAAGAGGAGAGGCGCUUGGACCAGUAGUGAUAACGCAAGGACCGGUCGAGUUGGAUGUUCAUAGCCAUAAAGAAGUGGUCAUAGUCUGGAGCUGCUAAUGGGACAAGCAGUGGACUGACAACAUUGAGUCUGGUUUUACUUCAAGCAAGGGCCUACGUCGGGAGGAGAAGAAGGAGGAAGAGAGAGAAGAAGAAGAAGGGGGUUGUGAUGAGUAACUGCAUAAAGCAAAACCAAAGGAUCCGGUAAGGCUUAGGGUCCAAGUCCCCAGGCUAGUGAGUGAGUGGAGUGAAGCCACCAUCCAGGAAGGACCUCAGAGGAAGGUUUUCCCAGGAUUAUCUCUGGGUUGUGCCUCUCAGGGGACACAGGCACACGUGCAGGAAAGCCCAGAGGAAGGUCGGAGUAGCGUUGGUCAGCAGGCAACAGGCAGCAGGCAGCAGGAUGUGGGAGGGACUAGGACUGCAGGUGUUUCUGAUGUGCCUGGGCGCCGUGCUGUGCAGCGCUGUGGCCGCCUCGGCACCCCUGGAGCACAGCCACCGCCACCGCCUCUCCCUACACAGGCACCGGGAGAGGACAGGCAAAGAGGGACAGGUCCUACACCGCUCCAAGAGAGGCUGGGUCUGGAACCAGUUCUUUGUCAUUGAGGAGUACACAGGGCCAGACCCAGUGUUAGUGGGCAGGCUCCACUCAGACGUUGACGCUGGGGAUGGCAAUUGCAAGUACAUUCUCUCAGGGGAGGGUGCAGGCACCAUUUUCGUCAUUGAUGACAAGACAGGCAACAUCCAUGCCACCAAGACACUGGACAGGGAAGAGCAGGCCCAGUACACCCUCACAGCUCAGGCUGUGGACAGGGCCACCAACAAGCCUCUGGAGCCUCCGUCUGAGUUCAUAGUCAAGGUCCAGGACAUCAAUGACAACCCACCUGAAUUCCUACAUGGACCAUACUACGCCAGAGUGCCUGAAAUGUCCAACGUCG